GCUCGCGCUCGUGUUAACGACUCUACCUCACAAACCGGAGCUCCGCUGACUAACUUCUCGUAAUUCGAAACAUCAAAACUGUGUGAGAUCGACUAAGUUCAACCACAAGGUUAAAAGCGGAUGAUUUGUUGAACGUCUUUUCCUAAUGUCUGUAUUUGUUCGGUGAGGAUUAAUGAUCAGUUCAUAGUUUUGGACAUAUGCGGCUGCGGUUUGCGAGCGCUUCUCUUCGUUUCAUUCGAGAUGUCAAUGGCUUGAAUAUUAUAUCCUAAGCUGUCUGUCUCUGAACCUCACAGUUUACAAGUCACUGACUCAUUUCCAAGUAGGUGUGGAGCAUGUGGGCCAGCUGCUGUGGCUGGCUCUGUCUGGAUGAUUCCACCGUGGAGGACACCAGAAGUAGCACACGUCAUCAGGCCUUCACCAACUCGGGCUUCAGCAGUUACCCAUCUCCCACUGCUCCAGAACACACGUGCAAGGCCUGUGGAGGUCGCUUCGACAGCCUAGCCAGAAAGCAUGUGUGCAUGGACUGCAGAAAAAGCUACUGCAGCCGCUGCUCCACUCAACAGGACCUCCAGCCGUGGCUGUGCCCCACCUGCCAGAGGUUCCGUGGCAUCCUGUUUGAGCGAGCCGAACUAAUGAAGCUCAAGGUGAAGGACCUGAGGGACUACCUCCACCUGCACGGGGUCCCUACGCAGAUGUGCCGUGAGAAGGAGGAGCUGGUCGAGCUGGUUCUUGGCCAGCAGACUCCUACAUCUCACAUGCACAUUCCUCAGUCCACGGUAACCACGCAGGAAUCCCCUAACACUCCAGUCAUAACAACGAGCCCGUCGGUGAACAAUGGCACAACAGAACUGGGACCUCAGACUCAAACAACAGAAGAUGCACAGAGCUUGGCUGAGGCGACAGCUGAAAGCGACAUGGAUGCUGAGCUGCAGGUGGAGCAGGAGUUGCAGUCUUCAGACUCGGAGGAAGUGCUGGCUCCUGGGCGACGGGCGUCUCUCUCAGACCUCGGAUCAGUGGAGGACAUUGAGGCUUUGAGUGUCCGGCAGUUAAAGGAGAUCCUCGCCAGGAACUUCGUCGACUAUAAGGGCUGCUGUGAGAAAUGGGAGCUGAUGGAGAGAGUCACGCGUCUCUACCACGACCAGAAGGACCUGCAGAACAUGGUAUCUAACACCACAGAAGGAACAGAUGGUGGAUCUGGGCCGGCCGUGGAGGAGAAUCUGUGUAAGAUCUGUAUGGACUCACCCAUUGACUGUGUUCUUUUGGAGUGCGGGCACAUGGUCACGUGCACAAAGUGCGGCAAGCGCAUGAACGAAUGUCCUAUCUGCCGGCAGUACGUGGUGCGGGCUGUGCACGUGUUCAGAUCCUGAACGACGCGAUCCAUUCUCCAUUCACAAAGCACCGGUAUCUCACAGUCCUUCCCUCGAGCAACAGAUACCGUAGAAAACUGUCAGGUGGCCUUUAAUUCUUGCACAAUUAUCUUGCGGCACUUUAUCAAUAGCGAAUAAGAUGUGCAGGUCUCUAGCAAUAACUGUACUGGAUUCAGUUUAGUUUUCUUCAAGGAACUUCCAAGUGUGCCUUCUUGGUGUUUUAGAGAGGAAGCUUGAUUUUUGAUCAUGGGAUUAUGUCACAUGUUUGUUGACAGUGCAGAUGACAUAAAUCCCCGUUUGCCCCUAUUAGUAAUCACUCGGAGGAUCAUAUGAAUGCAAACGGACAUGAUCUACCAAAAGUGCCUCGCAGUGCACUGCUGUGGUGGUUCUCACACGCCUGCUUGCUUUGUUCUUUUUAUUAUUUUAAUAAUCCUUUCUUUAGAAACCAAAUACUGGAUCUUGGGUUUAAUCUACCACCAUCAUUCAGAUUGACACUGUGAGAUGUACUAAGAGGAAUGAGACUUGUCACACAAGUCUUGUGAGAUCUCAAGACAGUUGACUCAUCUCUCAUGAGCGAACGCAAAUAGUCUAAAUUGCUGGCAAUUAUAUGCGAGACGGACACGGGUGUAGAAAACGGUCACAUUUGAUCAAACUGAUUCUCAUUACAGCCUUACCUUGAUGAAGUCAGUCACCUUGAUGAAUCUCAUGAAACCUGUGUCCCAUUUAAAUGCAGAAAAACCUAAUUGAGCCACAAAUUAACUUCAUUUUCUUUAUGCACAAUGUUUAUCCUUUUUGUUUGGUGUGAAAAAUAUGUAGCCCCACACAUGACAUACAGAGAAAAAAACAUUGUGGCUAAAUUUUUUUUUUUUUUUCCUUUGUUUUAGUCAUUUGUCGCUAUGUUGUAAUAAUUUGUUCCCACUUUUUAAUAAAUUGCAGCCAUUGUAAAUUUCGUUCCAUCAUGUUAGUAAUUUGUGGUCACAUCAGAGGUUGCACUAGACUUUGGCCUUCUCCAUUAUUUAAAAAAUGCUGUCAUAAUCUGUUAUUACCUGUCAUUUUAAUUUUCAUGUUUUAAUAAGACAUCUAAUAGCUUUUAAUUGCAUAUAGGCUAGAUUAUGCAUUUUUUAAUUUAUAAAAAGAACAGAUACAAAAUAUGUGCAUCACUUUGAAUAUCUCACAAAGCAGUUCAAUCUUUUGAUCUGUGCUGUUUUCAGUUAAUGAACAGAACAUUUUAGCACACCCUCCAUCCAAUAAAUCACAAUACGAUUUGCUAGUUUUGAUAUUAAAGUCUUAGAUUUCAAAUUAAUGUUCUUUUUAUUGGGAAAUACCAUUUUUCCACUCUUUAAUUUGGAGUUACCAAUGUCGGGGGUAACGCAUUUCAAGAAACGUGAGUUACAUAAUCACUUUUUAUCAAGUAACUAGUAAGGUAAUCCUAUUUUAACGAUCUAAGCGCAUGGGCAUUUCACUAUUUGUAUUUUUUUUUUAAACCUUUUAAAAACCAUUGCGUUGCAACAUGAUUCACUGUUACAAAGCACUCCAAUUGGAUCUCGAAUCGUGAAUCAUUUGAUUCAGAUCGGGCCUUUAAAU